AUGACAUCAAUUGAAACCGUUGUUUUGGGAAUUCACAGGGUCAAUGACUUGAAGACUGGUACACUGAUAGGAAUUGACAAAUAUGGGAACAAAUACUACGAAGACAAAAGAAACUUCUUCGGUCGACACAGAUGGGUCAUCUAUACUGAUGAAAUGAAUGGCAAAAAUACGUUUUGGGAAGUUGAUGGAAGUAUGGUGCCCCCCGAAUG